AUGGUCAACAUUCCGAGCAAGGGCAAGGAGUGCCGCAAGCACACCCAGCACAAGGUGACCCAGUACAAGACGGGCAAGGCCAGCCUGUUCGCGCAGGGUAAGCGUCGUUACGACCGUAAGCAGUCUGGUUACGGUGGUCAGACGAAGCAGAUUUUCCACAAAAAGGCGAAGACAACCAAGAAGAUCGUGCUGCGUCUCGAGUGCACAUCAUGCAAGUCCAAGAAGCAGCUGCCGCUGAAGCGCACCAAGCACUUCGAGCUCGGUGGUGACAAGAAGACAAAGGGUGCCGCUCUGGUGUUCUAA